UGCUGGCCAAUGAGCAGACAAUUUGGGUGUUGGCGUACUGUUGUUUUUUUUCGGGUUAGCACAUGUUAAAGACAUAUAGGUUUUUUCUCCAUCGUUAUAAAUUAAAUUACUUUUUGAAAAUGUGUCGUCCUGUGUUUUUUGUGGUUCAAAACAAGGGAUCGAAGAUAGAACAUAAAUUUCCCUUAAAUAAUCCCGAAUUACUAGAGAAAUGGGUAGCAGCAACGGAAUUGAAAGAUUUUAUUCCAAAUGAUAGAAGUUUGCUGUGUAGUUAUCAUUUUGAUAAAAAAUGUUUACGAUCAUCAAAUCGUGGUUUAGUUCUAAAAUCAAAUGCAGUGCCAACUUUGUUUUCAUCUGUAGACAGUGAAGGAUACUAGAAACACCAAGAAGUAUUAAAAAAUGAAUUCUUUACUCGAAGCAUGAUCAUCAAUACGAAGCAUCUCCAAAAACGAUGAGGAAAAGAUGUAUUCAGCAACAGAAGAGAAUACAAGUUUUAGUGAACCAGGCGCACGUUAUGAGAUAGUGUAUUUCACGUUUAAAAAAAAAGAUUACUUUAUUGAAA